UGUGGGUUCGAGUCUGCAACCAGAACCAGGCUCGCGAAGGUAAUAAGAGAGGGAUAGAAAAAGCCGGGCCUCCGCCGAGGAGUCGAGGGAGGGAAAGGGGGAGAGAGAGAGAGCGAUGGCGAUCCGCUUCAUACUGCUGGUAAACAAGCAAGGCCAAACCCGGUUGGCCCAAUACUACGAGUACCUCACCCUCGAAGAGCGCCGCGCCCUCGAGGGUGAGAUCGUCCGCAAAUGCCUCGCCCGCACCGAGCAACAGUGUUCCUUUGUUGAGCAUCGGAACUACAAAAUUGUGUACAGGCGAUAUGCAUCACUGUUCUUCUUAGUUGGGGUUGACAAUGAUGAAGUAUGUCCUUCUGUUCUCUUGAAUGAGCUGGCAAUCCUAGAAUUCAUCCAUCUAGUAGUGGAAACUAUGGACCGCCAUUUUCGAAAUGUGUGUGAGCUUGAUAUCAUGUUCCAUCUUGAGACGGCACACUUCAUGCUGGAAGAGAUGGUAAUGAAUGGGUGCAUCGUUGAAACAAGCAAGACAAACAUUUUGACCCCAAUUCAACUCAUGGACAAGGCUUCAUAGCUCUUUAAAUGCUGCUCGUGCACCGUGCUGUCAAUCUGAUGAAAUCAAGUUCCACUGCGCACGUCUGUGGUUUUGCUUUUUCUUACGUUGUUUCUAAGUCUGAAAAUUUGUUAGCAGAUGAUGGAACCAGCUAGUUGGAGUAAUUGAUUCCAUAAGCAUUUGAUGGUAAAUCAUUGCUGAAAGGCAUGUCUUGGAUGGCUCGGUUGAUUUGUCCUAUGCUCCUGUUCAUAGUGAAUCGUAUGUUAUGCUCUGCUUGCAGCAUGGCAAGGUGGGUAGCUACAAACAACACAACACAAACAUGUAUCAGGUAGCCAUCAUGAACCCAAUGUAUGCUUAAUUUGAUUAAUGUACACAAUCACAUGAUAAACUGAUGCUCCGAUCAUCAUGUUUCUAAGUGAA